CCGCUACUCCCGCCGGAGGAUGGUGCCGAAGCCCACUUCCCCUUCCUCCUCCUCCUCCUCCUCUGCGCAAACCCUUCUCUUCAAUUUCUCCGACCCAAACCCUGCCAUUUUUGCUUCGCCCCCCCACGGCUCGUCCCAUGGCUGGCGCCGAAGCAGCCGGCGCUGCCAUUCCCGCCCACCUCCCGGCGCCGUCUUCCUCCUUGCCCAGCCGGACCCGGGUCCCGUCCCCCCAAGGAUACAAGCAAGUCGCUGUUAGCAUGGUGGAUGCUGAUUUGGAGCACCAUUACAGGGGCGAACAAGAGGGUGUUUGUCCUAUGCGAGGUGAAGAAGCAUCCUCCCGCCGAAGGUUCCGAGGGAGAACUUGUGGAGAAACAUCUGAAGAACGGCUGCGCUUGUGUUGAGCUAAAGGAUUUUGAGAAGCUUGACAAGAUGUAUGACAUCGAUUGGAAGAAGAUGCAUGAUCAAAUUUGUAAAUAUAAAAAGACAUAUGUGUACGCGUUGCUUUAUGGGAAUUGGAAAGGAUUGGAUCAUUGGACACAUGCUUAUCUUAAAAACAAAAAGAUCUCUGAUUUGCGUCAAAGUUUUCCUGCUGACUACAAACCACAAUUUUGUAUGGAGGGAAAGAACACAUAUGGUCAUACCGUGCGCUUCGAGUUUGUCGAUGUAAAUAGAAUUGAUAGCUUUCUCAACAAGUACCGUUCUGCUUCAGGAAAUGCUAGGGUUGUACCAGAUGAACCAUCUAAUUAGCUCUUGAAUAUUUGUGCACUUAAUAUGGUCCGAUCAGUAGGGCCUACCCUCUCGAUAUUUGAGCUUAUGGUUUCUGAAAUAAUAUCGUUUUAUUAUAAAAUUGUAAAAAUAGCUUGGGUUUUCAUUAUAAAAAUGUAAAAACAGCACCUUGCUCGGAAUGGGGUUUGCAGAUAACUUGGCAUUCCAAUUGCCCAAAGGAUAAUUUUGCAAUUUUUUUGUGAAACG